AUGCCUAUCACCAUUGGUAUCGCCGGAAUCACAGGGAAAUUUGCCCGAUGUGUGUCGGCACAGCUUCUGAAGCACUCUGAUGUUACUAUUCGUGGAUAUUGUCGUGAUCCUAGCAGAGUUCCCGAAUCUAUCUCGUCCUCAGAGAAGGUGACACUGUUCAAGGGAGAUGCAUUUGAUGGAGAUGCGAUUCGCACAUUCGCACAGGGCUGCGACGUGAUCAUCUGCUGCUAUCUCGGCGAUGACCAAUCGCGAAACCAAACAGUCCUUCAGGCAGCCGUUCUUUUCUUCACUUGUCUUCGUCGCCCCGGAGAUGCCCAUUUUGUAUGGACCAUCACUGCGGCCUUGUGUCGACUGGCACAAGGGAUGGGAUUGCAUCGCGACGGGACCAAGUUCGGACUCACCCCCUUCGAACUUGAAAUGCGGCGUCGGUUGUGGUGGUCUAUUUAUCUACUGGACUCUCAGUCAUCUGAGCUCCAUGCGAUAUGUACACAAAUUGCAGAGGGAAGCUACGACACACAGUUCCCUCUCAACAUCAAUGAUGCAGAUUUAUCAGCGGAGUCGACGCAGACACCAGAGCCACAUUCUGGAUUUACUGAUAUGUCCUUUUGCCUAAUAAGAAUCGAGAUGAUAGUCUCUCAUCGACGCUCCGCUCUGGGUGCCCCUGGGAGUGAGAGAAAUGACAAGGACAGCGCCAAAACCAGCGGUUCAAUUGGACCAAAUGCACGAGAGGAACGUCUUCGUGACUUGGCAACAAUCCACAAUCGACUCCGGGACCGAUAUCUCCAAUUCUGCGAUAUGUCAGAACCAACGCAGUGGGUGACGGCCACCAUUAUUCGACUCGCUCUCACUCGAUCAUGGAUGAUAGCCCACCUUGUGUCAGGAGAGACCCCGGGUCAAGAUCCACUCACCGAAAUACAGACCGAUGAUCCCCAAAGAGACCAGAUUUUUUCGACUGCCAUCGAAGUAAUAGAGUUUGCCUAUUUGCUGGAGACGGAUCCUCGAACGACAAAAUGGUCCUGGUUUUUUGAGGCAUAUCCACAGUGGCAUGCCGUGACCAUUGUGUUAUCCGAACUUUGUGUUCGACCGCAAGCUGCAGAGACCGACCGGGCAUGGGCAGUGGUUGAUAAAGCUAUCUCGCGUUGGACGGAACGAGGACUUCAGAAAGGUGGGAUUACAUUGGAAAUCAUAUAUCAACUCAUGUCGCGAGCAGCUGUAGUACAUGGUCGGGUUUGGUCUAGUUCGGAAGAAAGAAUUCGUCACAACUCGGCUUGA